UUCCCUCCAAACUUUGAAAGCAUUCAAACCCAAAAGGUAAAACCUUCAAAGUUCAAACUUCCACUGCACAAUUCUACAUCUACAUAUACAAUCCUCGUCUAAACCCUCGAAUCCAGUGUUUCUGUGUUUCUCACAACUCAAAUCCUUUCCCCAAUUCCCAUCAAAAUCCCAAAAUUCUCAUCUCUCUAAGGCCCUGGUUUGGUGUCCUCGAUGUCUUCCUUCAAAUCCCCAAUUUCCCUUACCUCCACCGGUGGAGUUGGGUCGAUCCAUCGCGCUCUGGGCGAGGUUCACGUCAUCGUUGGCCCUAUGUUUGCUGGAAAAACCACCGCACUCCUCCGUCGGAUCAAAUCAGAAAGCAAUAAUGGCAGAAAUGUGGCUAUGAUAAAAUCAAGCAAGGAUACGAGAUAUGCGACAGAUUCGAUUGUGACACAUGAUGGAGUGAAAUUUCCAUGCUGGGCUUUGCCCGAUCUGUCAUCGUUUAGGCAGAAAUUUGGGGCCGAGGCUUAUGAAAAGCUGGAGGUGAUUGGUAUUGAUGAAGCUCAAUUCUUUGAAGACCUUUAUGAUUUUUGCUGUGAGGUCGCUGACCAUGAUGGGAAAACUGUAAUUGUUGCAGGCUUGGAUGGUGACUACUUGAGGAGGAGCUUUGGUUCAGUGCUUGACGUAAUACCCCUAGCCGAUUCCGUAACAAAGUUGACAGCUCGAUGUGAACUCUGUGGCAAACGGGCUUUCUUUACUUUGAGGAAGAUUGAAGAGAUGCAGACAGAACUUAUUGGUGGUGCUGACAUCUACAUGCCUGUCUGUCGCCAGCACUAUGUCAAUGGACAAGCAGUUAUUGAAGCUGCAAGGAAUGCCCUGGAGUCUCAUAAAGAUAAAGUUCAGAGUGACCCACAUCCGGAGGCAGCUGCGUUUAUCUAAUAGGGCAAUGCUAUUUUUACAAUAUAUAUAUAUAUAUUCAGUUUUUCACUGUUUGCCUGUGUGAUGGAUGAUCACAAAUAUCAUCUCCUGGUUGUUUACAGCCUAGCUUCUUGGGCUGGUGAUAGUUUUCAUCAGUUAUCUGUACAAUAUGCUGAACUUGGAUCUACUAUGGUUUCUUACGAAGUUAUAUAUUGUAUACUUGUUCUGUGAAUAGAAUGAUGUCUUUAUGGAGAUUUAUUGCCUUUGGCACUUAA